AUGAAUGGAAGUAACGAUAAUGGGUCUGCUGAUAAUGCAGUGGAUGCCUCUUCGUUUGCCAGUAUUCUUGCAGGUGUCAAGCGGAUGAGAAAUCAAUUUGGAGGAGAUGCAACGGAAGAUUCCCUGAAUAUUCAGAUUUCACAGCCAGAACCAGAUUCAGAACCAGCGCCCAAGCGAGUGCAACUCGGAACUUCCAAAGACAAUAUCGGUACAGAAACUUCAUCUCCUUAUAUUUUUCUGGACAAGGAAAGACAAGAACGUAGUCGAGAUAACCCUGUGAUAAAUCCUCGCAUAAAUCGGACUACAUUGCAUGUUGCUACAGCUGAAGCUAUAGGGCCAAAUCUUCACGCGAAUAUAGCACCCAUAAAUGUAGAAACCUCCUCAUCAAGCUUGCCAGUUUCUUCAGUGAGAGAUUCUUUGCCUGUCAGGAGAGUUCUUGCACCAUCUGAGAUUCUUGUGAAUCGAUCUCAGAUAGGCAAUCCGCUUCUCAAGGAAUCGUUGAUGAGAAUCACACCCUGGCGACAGGAUAACGAUAUACUAUCAGACUACUAUAUCAGUCCAAUGCUUCAGAUCCUUUUCCUUUCGCUCAAGUAUCACAAAUUAAAGCCAGAGUACGUAUGGACAAGAUUGAAGAAGUUAAAUGGAGGCUCAUCGUCUGUAAACGUAAAUCGUAACGACAAGGUUCUUAGGGUACUUCUUGUGGUGAACGACGUAGAUUCCCAUCAAGACUUGGUACGUGAUCUUUCUGGAUUCUGUAUCAGGAACGAUCUAUCCCUUGUAAUUGCUUCUUCUUUUGAAGAGGCUGGCAAUUAUGUUGUUCAAGCCAAGAAGUCGUAUGACGCACCUGUGAAGUCGAAAGGUGGAAUCAGAGGUAUGAGAGGUUUGGAUUACAAUUCGUCCGUCUUAGAGGCCAUGACCGGCAUUCAAAGAAUCAAUAAGACGGACGUUUCUAACCUAUUGGCCAACUUCAAGUCAGUGAAAGAAAUUAUCCUUCAGGGUGCUCAUGAGGACUCUGAAAGUAGACUAGGCAUGAUUGGAGGACUUGGUGCUGCGAAGAUACGAAACUUGCGGAGGGUGUUUCUGGAACCAUUCAUCUACAAUAAGCAAUAUGAGAAGUUGUCUGAAAUAGAGAAAAAUGGAGAGGAUCAAGAGGAUCAAAAGAAUUUGAACCAUCUACAAGAAAUUGAUUUUGAUAGUGAUAACUUUGAUGAUUCUGACUAG